UUCUUGGUACCAGUUGCCCCCGUCUCUCAGAUAUUCAGAUAUGAGUGGCUUGUCUGACUGACAUAAUUCAAGAGUGAUUGAUUCCUCACUUCUAGUGACUCCACCCCCUGCCCGCCUUCCACCCUUCCGACCGUCCACUCCUCUGGCUUGGCACUCCUGCCGCCUGCCCGGACAGACCAGGGAAACACGGGCUGACCGACGAAGGAGGACACUGGCCAGGCGCGGGUCGACCCCAUUUCCAUUGCCUGGACCGUCUUUCAAUGUUCGAACCACCGAUCGCCAAUCUGACGGCUCCGUGACAACGCCCCUUUUUUGUCACACCCGGGAGAAGCCGCUCACCAUGAAGCCCAUGUCCAUGUCGGCCUGGUUGAAGGACUAAGGGUCCGUUAGACACGGCUGACGGGAUCUUGUACUUUUGGGUUGAAGGGGGUAUCGCCUGCCUGCCAAAGGGCUGGCACCGGUCCAUGCCCGCCACGGGCCCUAUUUGACCCCGUGCCUGACCAUGGCCGAGUUAGCUCCGGUUUCGCCCACGCCCUCGCCCCCUACGCGGGUAUUCAGCGAGCAGUUUUGGGGGGCCAAACACGAGGGCUUCUCAGUUUUGUAUCAGAACCUGAAAGGUGGAGCGGCUGCCGCCAAAGAAUUGGCCGAUUUCCUCAAGGAAUUAGCCAAAAUUCAGGAAGACGCGGCCAAGUCUCAUCUGAAGAUAAUCAAACAAUUUGCCCAACCCGGGCCUACGGGAGCGUUUGGACCCGUGCUAACGGUCUGGAAGAGUGCGGCCGAGCGUCUGGCUUCGCUUCAUCACACCUGGACUCUCAAACUGAAUGAGCUCGUGAAGGAAGUGCUCAAGUAUUCGGACGAGCUCCAUCGUAUCCAUAAGAAAAUAAAAGAAGAAGAAGGUCCCACAGCCGAGGCCACCAAACAACUCCAAGAGACGGCCGCGGCACUCCACAAAGCCAAGGAGGCGUACAAGCAGCGAACGUUGGAGGUCGAGAAGCAUCGGCGAGAUGGGAGUGGACCCAAGGAUCUGGAAAAGGCUGAGGCUAAAUGCAAACGGGCCCAAGAAGACUAUCGUUCUUUGGUGGACAAGUAUCGCACCGUUCGAGAGGUUUUCGAGGCCAAAAUGGAAGCGUCUGCAUCACGUUUCCAGUCCGAAGAGGUUACGCAUUUAAGCCGUAUGCGCGAAUUCGUUGAAACUUAUUGUCAAAUCGUCGAUGAACACCACAUUCACCUCAGUCGAGUUCAUCAAGAAUUCCAAAUCGAAUUGUCCACGCUAAGCGUAAAUGACCUCUUAGAUAAGUUUAUUGAGACCAAAGGCACGGGGCGUGACAAGCCGGGCCCGGUUGAGUUCGAAGAAGACCCGCGUUUGGGUGCGUUGGGAAGUGGAGCGGUUGGUCCACCAAGUGAUAUCUCGGACAAAUCGGGUAAUAGUGCUGACAAGGUGUCAAUAGGUGGUCUGUCUGGUUCCGGCUCGAUUGGAGCACUCAAAAAAGAGGGAUCUGGUUUUUUGCGACGGAAGCAAAAGAAGGAAAAGGCUAAGAAGUCGUCCUCGUUCAAAUCUAAAGAAGAAACAGAGGACGGUGAAAGCCAAAAGGAAGGCGGUGGUAGUGAAGAGGAUUCGCCCAAAGUCAAAUUGGCCUCCACGCCGCAACCAUUGGUAGGUGUGGAUGAUGAGGGCUAUUCAAAAAAGCCCUCCCAUGUCGAUGAAUUGGCCGCCUCAGAUCCUUGGGCGGAUUUCAAUACCAGUCGCCAACGGUUCGAUUCCUCUAGUUCCGACGAUUCAGACGAUGAAAGCCGCCGACGGAAAAUCAAAGUAGAAAUUAAGCCCAUUGAGCCCGAUGGUCAACAUGCAAUAUCGGCCAGUGUUGAUGAACUUCGAACGGCGGUGGUGGGUCUGGAACUGAUUCCAAAGGCCAAGGAUGUUACGCACGUAAUGACGAUGCAACACCAGCACCACCAUCAAUCCCCAAAAGGCAGCGGUGUUGCGGACAGUCUCUUGAGGCGAUCCAUGUCACAAAGUCACGUCAAUAAUAAUAAUAAUAGCGGUGGUCGACCCAGUCAGGACCUCUUGGGAUUAUCCCUAGCGCUGAGUGGUUCACCAAACAAAGACUCCAACUUUAAGAGCUCGAGAGGUAAAACCCUCGAUCUAGAUGGAUCAACCUCCCACGAGGAUAUGUUCAACAACUCGAACGGCUCUGCCGCCAAUUCGUCGGUCAACCAAGAGGUGGGCGACAUCUUCGCUGGAAAUCAAUUCUCUAAAGAUCCCAUACCCGCUCUUCCCGUCAAACAGCGACCAAGUAGUGUGCAAAGGGAGCAGAUCAGCAACUCGUUGAUCGCAUUACCUCGGCCGCCAUCCCGUCACGGCUCGGCUAUCGUCAACUCAUUGGCUGGUUCAACAAUCAAUCGUCGACGGGAGUCUCCCAGUCCCAUUCCCUCAAGUCUGAUAUCGGAACCUAAACUGAGUUUGGCUCGCCAAAACAGUUCUGGGGACGAAUCGAAAGGUUCUCUGAGUUCCUCGUCGAGAGGUCCUCCGGUUUCGUCGAGUAGCAAUAUGAUUCUGCCCUCCCGGUCUUCCUUCGCCAUGUCCCGAGGUCCGAGUCCUCUCACCUUGAGCCUCUCGGAUGUGGUUCCGCUCGCUGUGGCCUUUCAAGAGGUGUGUCAUGCGUGUUUUCGCGGUGCGGAUGAGUCGAGUUGUCAAGUGCGCAUGAUCGGAGACAUGAUGAUCAGUUUCCCUGCGGGAAUCCUGCCCCUGCUUACCAAUAACCUUAAUAACGCGCCUUUGUUAUUUCGGUUAAGGAGGUCAUCAGGGCUGGACUCGUUACUCCCGAACAAAGAUCUGAUAAGCAAGAAUUCAACCCUGUCGACCAACGAUUUAGCUGUUUUUGAAUUCAAGAUGCCUGCGUUGAAAGAGCUCCUUCGAAAGCAGUCCGAGAUGAAUCCAAAUGCGUCCUAUUUCAACAUUGAUAUUCUGAAAUAUCAAAUCAAGUCCUUACCCGGUGCUGCCUCAUGUCCAUUACAAAUGGUGGCGUACUGGAAAUGCACAGAUUCCCACACGGACCUAAGAUUGGACUACAAGUACAAUGCCCAUGCUAUUGCUCAAGCGAAACCACUUCAAAACGUGUCCGUGUCCGCUCCCAUCGACGGGGGAGUGACGAACAUGCAGUCCAAACCUAAUGCCACCUGGUUAUCAGAAAGCAAUCGAGCUUUAUGGAAGGUUUCCGAGUUGUCUCAAGACGAAGACAAUGGAGUGGGCUCGUUACGAGGCCGAUUCGAACUCAGCAAUGGUCCUGGUUCGCAAGGAACCAUUGCUGCUCAGUUCAAUUGUGAAGGAGCCACAUUGUCCAAUUUAAGCUUUGAACUGGUGGGCGCCGGUUACCGAUUAUCAUUGGAAAAAAAGCGAUUUGUGUCAGGAAAGUAUUACUGUGAUGGAAAUGCAACAUCCUCGGACAAUCGUUACCGUUAUGCAGUGCCUCCGUGUCACUCGCCGUCGUCGUCAUCCUCGCCGUCGAUUGUUCCAGCUAGCAGUCUUCAACUCCAGCCAACCAUUUCAUCACCAUCUUCCACGAUGUCCUACGCUAAUGGCAGCAAUAACAACAAUAAUAGUAAUAGCAACAACAACAACAGCAACCAUCAAGAUGCGGCAACGGUCUGAUCAAUAUUCAAGCCCAGCCGCUCCACACACCAACGCCAUGAGCUAGAGAGCACUUCGGGAACUCAACCAGAUGGUGGUUCUCUUGGUUACAUGACCUCACCAUGAAUGAUGCAGACAGACACAAUAACCAUCUGUCAGAGUUUGUGAUCUAUUUUUGUUCGCGAUUAGUUUCUAUUUUAUGCAUUCUACGUUUCUUCGUUUACACUCUGCAUCUUCAAGACAUGUCUGUUUGCAUGGUCUGUUGGUAUAAAAUAAAUUCAUAUUUUUACCCAUUGA